UGAAGAACUCCACGCAGAUACAAAUCAAUGUAUGCUCCGAAAAGAACAUCUCAAGGAGGAGUUGAAUUAAGUAUCACCAUUAAUCACUUGGACAGGUCAUAGUAAUUCUGCGGACCUAGAAUGUUAACGUUAGAAGACGUGGAACGCAAAGACUUUUCGAAAGAAGCGAUGGUAGAUGAAGAGACGAGUGAGGGCACAGGCGGCAGGGAGAACUACGAUAAAAGCAAAUAUCAGAUAGCCACUGAACAAAUACUCAACGCAGCGCUUUUAUCUACAGAAAACGAUGACGAUAUGGAAUCUCAGGAAAAUGAUGAGUCCUCUGAGCUUCUUUCCAUUGAGAAUGACUCUGAACUUACCAAUGAAUCUACCAUCAGCGAUUGGGACAAUCUAAAAAUGGAAUCGCCUCUUUCGUGUAUUAAUUCUGUACCGAAUGCUAAAGAAUUUUUUCUAAUAACUCAAUUACAAUCGGACAAUGCCCUCAUGACCAAGAAAUUGUCCAGCAAACAUUCUCUGUCUAAUAAGAAAUCUAAGUCCCACCAUCGUUCCAAACGACAUAACAAAGUGUUAUUACUAAGAAAGCUCCUACCUAAGCAUGAGCCAAUAGUUGAAAUAAAAGAGGAAGAGAAUUCGAUCAUUUCUACUGAAAUGGAUGAUCAUAUAUCAUCCAUGGAAGAAAUCGAUUAUGGAGAACCUUGUAUGGAUGAUGAUAUCGAUUCCAAGGAUAAUGUUGUCCGGGUACAAAAUGUUAAGCCCAUGCCUUUGUACUACGCAGAAGAUGGUAAACCAUACCUAAAAUGUCCAGCAUGCGGUGCAAUAUUUUUUACAUCAAAUACAUUUGAGAAACACUUGUAUACACACGCGUAUGAGGAAGAUGACACUUUUGUAUGUUCCUUUUGCAAUUACACAAACACUGAACCUGGAAUGUUAUUUGCUCACUUAUCCAAACACCAAAAUCAAUGUGAAUUUUGUAAUGAAAAUUUAUCGCGUAAAAACAAUUUCGAGAAACAUUGGGACAUACGUGAAUCCACCUUCACUAUGAAAAGGGAUCAUCAAGGACGAUUUGUGUGUUCAGUGUGCAAGCUGGUAUUUGAUCUGUUGCCACAAUUAGAAAAGCAUUGGCUCAAACAUGCUUGUAGAAGGGAACGAACAUACCAAUGUAAGGAAUGCAGUGGACUGUACGAGAGCAGAGAAACGCUAAAAAGUCACAAAUGCAUGAAGUGUGCAGUGUGCGGGAAAGUCUAUGAUAGUUUACACCGAUUAAAGACGCACACGAUGUGGACGAAGCACAAUUUGAAGUGUCCGAUCUGUUCUUAUGAGUUCAUUCUUGCAAUAGAUCAUGAGAAGCACUUGGCAUUACAUAGACAAACUUUCAGUAGUAGAAGUGAUUAUCUCCACUGCCUCCAGACAGCGGAUGGAAAGACAUUCCAGUGCAAUCUUUGUGACAAAAUAUUUUAUGCCUUACCUUCUCUUGUCUCGCAUCUUGGAGAAGAUCACGACGUUCAAAACGUGAGGCAAGGUGCCCAGAACGAAGAUGGAUGUAACGAUGAAAUAAAAGGGGACGAUUCAAUUAGUGACACCUUGCUUCGUCAACUAAAAGAGCAAACCGCACAUUACACUAACAGAAACAGUAAUAUAAAUAUGUCCAAAAUUAAAAUUGAAUUUCAAGAUGCUCUAUGAAGUUUCAAGUAGAAGAAAACUGAACACGAAUUACAUGUAAAAUGAUCUGAAAUUAAUACUUAAAAAUCACUUGUAACAAUAAAACGUGCCGUUAGUGAGGAUCAGUCACCGUGUAGUAUAUAUUAAGUACAAUUGAACAUGACUGGCGACAAACAACUUAUAAAUUAUUGAUAAGAGCAUGUACUCGAUAGUAUCUGAUCAAAAAGUUCUUUAAAUAAACUGUAUCACAGUUUCACCUCACUUGACACAGGGAGGAAAGUAUACUUGUAUAUUUUUUUAGGCAGUUGUGUAAGGUGCAGAAUGGCGCUCGUUUAACCAGAUAUCGAAUAUCGUCACAGAUGUAAUAUUACUUUAGUGAUAUAACCAAGGAAUCUCAUGCGAUUGCUCCGCGCAUAGAACGUUUUUGAUCAGAUAUAGCAAGGUAAUUUUCGAGCGAUUUCUCGAAAGUAAUGUAACCACUGUGUCGUACAUUUUCUGUGUGUUUUUGUAUUAGAGGAAAAUGUAAUUGUUAAGUUAAACGUAACAUUUGCAUAUUUGGCUGUAUCAUGUCUGCCCCUAAAUGCAUCGAGUGAAGCAAUACAGAGCUAUCAGUCCUGCUGUAGCAUUGUCUAAUUUCUUAUUCGACCUAAUUAUUAGACUGCGGAUUUUAUGCAUUUAUGACGUGCAAAGUACAAGAAAAUAAAGAUCUGGAAGAUUUGACAAAAUGUUUAUUUUAACGUUCCAAAGACUUUAAUAGAAGGGAUAAAUUUCGGUUUUCACAGAACAAGCCAAAAUAAUCUAUAUUUGCAUAAGCGUCCACGGACUAUCAAUUAGCCUUUGUUAUACACCUCUGAAUCAAUUUAUAAAACUUUCGUACAGUUACAA